UCUUUCUGUAUGUUUACUCAACAGCCUUUAAAUCUUCAGAACUCUUCCUUCGGGCAUCUCAUACCCUCAAACAUGGACUGUAUUUACACAGGAUACUAUAGCUUCUCAGAACCAGCUUGAAUAGCCUGCUGACCAAGAACUGCUAGCUGUACUCUCCACCUGUACACUUUAGAGCUCUCUCUUUUCCUAAAUGCAAUGGAUCUUUCAAACCUUUGUUCCUGGACAACUAUGGUACUUUUAAUGUUAUUAAAAGAAGUGAAUUCUUUGCCAUUUGGAGGUACCUUUCCAGUGUCACAAUUUAACUCAGAAAAAGAAUCAACUGAAACAUUGCCAAGACGAGAAAAACGCUGCUCUUGUGAGAAUGUGAGGGAUAUAGAGUGUGUUUAUUUCUGCCAUAUUGGCAUCAUCUGGGUCUACACUGCUGGGCAAGUAGUUCCUUAUGGAAUUGGAAACCCAAACAAAAGACGCAGAAGGGAUAUAGGAAAAUGCUUGUGUGUCGACAGCAGGGAUGUUGAAUGUCUGCACUUCUGCCAGCCUCCAUCACAAUUGGAAAAGUACAGUAACCAAGUAAAGCCAAUGAAAUUGUUUUCGUCAUUAACAAAAACACAAAAAUCCUGAAAAGAACUGUUACAACCAGUUUGCUCUAAUUAGAAACCAACAACCACAAGAAAAAACAAGAACUGAAGUAAGAAUAUACCUGUAAAAUCAGAUGAGAACCAAAGUCAUAAAAACAGGAUUCUUUGGGAUUUGAGCCAGAUAUUCAUUGAGUGGACUGUGUCUUUGGUGCACACAGGAGAGACAAAGAGGAGCACUAAGGCUUGUUUUGAUGAAGAAGAAGAGUGGUAUAUUUUAUAGCUGUACCACUGUGGUACAUUUCUUUGGACAAAAUUCUGUCAUAAAAAUAUACAUACAAGAAUAUUGCAAGAUAUAACAGCAAGCCACAGUCAUUUUCUCCUACAGUUGAAAAGGAAUUUCAGAAACCUUUAGAUUAUAACUAUGGGACAGAGGAUAUCUACAUGUAGAAAACAUUGUGAUCAUUUCUUCAUGAGAGCUGAGAGCUUUAUUUCCAAUGAACUACUUGAAUAGACUCUGGAUGUUACACUUCUGACCAUUGCCACUUAGCAAGGAAGAGAAGCCUAUUUGCAGUAGAUUGUAUUUUGAGUUAGGCUCUGUGAAUGCAGUUAUGUAACCUAGAGCUAGGGCAGAUUGUUGCUUUGUCAAGUAAAUUACAAUACCCAUCUCUUAUUCAGCCAUACUUUUUGACAGUGAAUGUUUUCACAUAGCUGCAAGUCUACAUAUACUUCCAUAAUAUAACUAUUGCAGGUACGCCAACAUAGAAGCACGUAAAAAUGGCAUAGCACCCUGCAUAUAUAAUAUUUAUAAAUGGUACAUUUAUGUAGAGCGAUUUAUUUUUCUACAUUUCACUUUUAGAAAAUUCAUAGCACAAGAUUAGUGACGAUUGCUGUAUUUCAGUAUUAUGUUUAAACUAUGAGCAUGACAUAUUAUAAACAUUUUUCUAAAGCUGUGUAUGGCUGGAUUAUAACAAGAAACUUCAUUUUAUGAUACAGUGUUGUGAUUAGAUGUGAUUAAACAAGGAGUUCAGCAACACUGCUUAUUCCAAAUUGUACUACUUUUACAAAAUGAUUUAAAAGUUUUUGUAGAUUUGUUUUAGUAGACAAAUCCAGUCGUAACAAUGGCAAGUCAGUAUUUUAUUUGCAUGAUUAUAGAUAUCUCAAAACCCAUGUGUUAGGAAGUCACCUUUUCUAUAAACUUACAAGUCAAGGUAAAUGGACAGAGAAGCAGAUCAGGCUUUAUUUGAAGGCUUAUAUAACACAUACAUACAUACAUGCAUGCAUACAUUCAAACAUGCAUAAAUACAUACAUGCAUACAUACGUACAUACAUACAUACAUGCAUGCAAGCAUACCAAUUCUAAGACGUGCUGUUGUAAGAUCAUGAAAGAAUUUUUGCUUUACGUAAUGGACACAUAUUCUAACACAUUAAAUGUUUACAGAGAUGAAAAUAUGAACAGAAAUUUGUGACAUCUGUUCAGUGGAAAGUUAGCAAAAUAUAAACAUUUGAACAAAGCACAAGUGAUAUAAGUAGCUAGAUUUGCUAAAUAGAUGAUAUAAUGGGAAGAGAAUAGAUAAUCAAACAAGAAGGCUAAUUAUGAAAUAUGUGUAAUAGUACUUGUACUUACACCUGGAGCAUGGAGAAGUCUUCAUGGAGAUUUAUAAAUUAAAGCUGCAGCAUUUCAUACUACAGCAGAUAUUUGUUUAAAGACAAUGUUAUCUGAUGGAUGCCCAUUGUUCUACACUUAACUCAGUGCUUUAUUCCAUAUCUGGAGUCACUCCUCUGUCUUUUCUUCCAUAGCCCUCUAUCACCAGCAAUGUAAGGGAAUGCAACACUGCAUAACUGCCACCACCAGAAUGGCAAUUAAUGCCCUGACCCUCACAACAAAUAAGUCAUUGAUUGGUUCCCUGCACCAGUACAGCAGCCUAAACUAUAUGUGAUUAAAUGAAUCACAAAUCUCGGGUUCUUACUGGAUUGUCGACAGCUUAGGUUGUCGAAUGCUUAAUAAUCGACAUCUAAACGUCGAACGCUUACAAUAGCG